AUGUGUGAUGCGUCUGACUAUGCUGUAGGAGCUGUUUUAGGACAGCGAGUAGACAAACUCCCUUAUGUGAUCUACUAUGCCAGUAAAACACUUAAUAAUGCUCAACUGAAUUAUUCAACAACUGAGAAAGAAUUGCUAGUUGUUGUGUUUGCAUUGGAUAAGUUUAGAUCUUAUUCGAUAGGAUCCAAAGUCAUCAUAUACUCCGACCAUGCUGCACUGAAAUACCUUUUGUCUAAGAAAGAUGCUAAGGCUCGUCUAAUUCGAUGGAUACUCUUGUUACAAGAGUUCAAUAUCGAAAUUCGAGAUAAGAAAGGGUCUGAAAAUGUUGUUGUUGAUUACUUGUCUAGAUUGAAUGUGGACUAUGUUGAUGAAUCUUUGCUUAUUAGAGAGUCAUUCCCUGAUGAACAAUUGAUGCUUUUGUCUGAAAUGCCUUGGUUUGCUGAUAUUGUUAAUUAUCUUGCUACUGGUAGAACUCUUUUGCAUUGGUCUAAACAAGACCGAUCCAAGUUCUUAUCUGAAGUAAAACAUUUCUUUUGGGAUGACCCAUACUUUGCCAAGAAAACUGCUACAAAGAUCUUGCAGAGUGGUUUCUAUUGUCCAUCAUUGUUCAAAGAUAGUCAUGCCUUUUGUGUUGCUUGUGAACGAUGUCAGAAAUUAGGAAGUAUCUCACGAAGAAACAUGAUGCCCUUACAACCUAUUUUGAUUAUGGAAUUGUUUGAUGUAUGGGGUAUUGAUUUCAUGGGUCCAUUUCCUAACUCUGAAGGUAUGUUAUACAUUCUUGUUUUUGUUGUUGAUUAUGUCUCUAAGUGGGUAGAGGCCAUUGCAUCCAAAACAAAUGACCAUAAAGUAGUUCUUUCUUUUCUUAAAGAAAACAUUUUCUCUCGUUUUGGAACACCUAGAGCAAUAAUCAGUGAUGGUGGUACUCAUUUUUGCAAUAGACCUUUUGAAUCACUUAUGCGCAAGAAAGAUUGGUCUUUACGUUUAAAUGAGGCUUUGUGGGCUUAUAGAAAUGCAUACAAAACUCCUAUUGGCAUGUCCCCUUAUAGACUUGUGUAUGGUAAAACAUGUCAUCUACCUGUAGAAUUAGAACAUCGUGCUUAUUGGGCUGUUAAGAAAUUGAACUUUGAUCUUGAUAAGGAUGGCACCCAAAGGAAACUUCAACUCAACGAGUUAGAAGAAUUAAGAAAUGAUGCAUAUGAUAGUGCCAAAACGUACAAAAAUAUAAUGAAAGUGUUUCAUGACAAACGCAUUUUGCGCAAGUCUUUCACACCUGGUCAAAAAGUUUUAUUGUACAACACUCGUUUGCAUCUUUUUCCAGGAAAAUUACGUUCUCGAUGGUCAGGUCCAUUCUUGGUACGUAUUGUUUUCCCUCAUGGAGCCGUUGAAAUAGAAAAUCCAGCAAACAAGAACAAGAACAUCUUCAAGGUCGAUGGUCAGAGAUUGAAACCAUUUCUGGAGUAUCUUCUACCAGAAGUUGAGACCAUGGACUUGGACGACCCCGUCUAUGUGGACUAA